AUGACUCUCACUGAGAUCCAGAACGACGAAAACGCCAUCGGCAAAAGACAAAUGGGCACUGGCGACCACGUGAUCAAAUCUGAAGCUAUAAAGACCGAAUCAGUUGUUGUCGUCGAUGAAGCUCUCAGGAAGCUUUCUCUUCAAAAAGAAGAACCCCUUCUCAAGGAGAACCCAAAUAGAUUUGUCAUCUUCCCACUUAAGUAUCCUGAUAUAUGGGCUUUCUAUCAAAAAGCAGUAGCCUCUUUCUGGACUGUGGAAGAGAUUGAUCUUGGAAAGGACAUGAAUGAUUGGGAGAAAAUGACCGACAAUGAAAAGUUCUUCGUAUCGAGAGUACUUGCUUUCUUCGCGGCUUCCGAUGGAAUCGUAAACGAAAAUUUGGUUGAACGCUUCUCACAAGAAGUACAGAUCCCAGAAGCUCGAUUCUUUUACGGAUUCCAAAUAGCAAUUGAAAAUAUUCACUCACACAUGUACAGUAAAUUGAUUGAAACUUACAUUAGAGAUGAGGUCGAGAAAAACCGCCUAUUCAACGCAAUUUUCGAGUUCUCAUGCAUCAAGAAGAAGGCCGAUUGGGCAUUACGAUGGAUCGCUGAUGAGAAGGCUACCUUCGCUGAAAGAGUAAUUGCUUUCGCUGCUGUUGAAGGAAUCUUCUUCUCCGGCUCUUUCGCAGCCAUUUUCUGGCUAAAGAAGAGAGGACUCAUGCCAGGAUUGACUCACUCCAAUGAAUUGAUCUCUAGAGAUGAAGGUCUUCAUAGAGAUUUCGCCUGCCUGAUGUAUAGUCAUAUUGUACAUAAACUCUCACAAGAAGAAGUUCAUGCUAUCAUCAAGGAUGCUGUUAACAUUGAACAGGAAUAUUUGACCGAGUCACUACCCUGUGAUAUGAUUGGAAUGAACUGCCGUCUCAUGUCCCAAUACAUUGAGUUUGUUGCUGAUCAUCUCUUAGUUGAAUUAAAUUAUGAUAAGUUGUACAAAGUCAGUAAUCCCUUCGACUUCAUGGAGAACAUUUCCAUCGAGGGAAAAACAAAUUUCUUCGAGAAGAGAGUUUCUGAAUACCAAAGAACUGGUGUACUUAAUUCUGAGGAGGAACGGCAGUUCGCUCUUGAUGCUGAUUUCUAA